AUACGCUGUGGGGUUUAUUCUAGGGUUUUCUCUCUGGAUGCUGGCUCGGCCAUGGCAGAUCGGAAGACCUAGGAUCGAAUGCUUGGCGAGGGGAAUGGCGCAGCAGUCGCGAUCGCCAUUGGCAUUGGCGGCAGCGAGCCUUGGGGCCGAGGAAUGGGAUCUCACAACGGAGGAGAUGGAUUCCAUGGAGAGGAAUGCCGCGCAGGAGCUGGCUGCCCGGCGCCUGGAUUCACCGCUCAAAUCGCAUCCGGAGCUCCUGGCUCGAGCGGUGGAGGGGAGGACAUCGCAGCAAAGCCCCUCUCCCCCCGUCUCGCCUUUCUCGAAGCGGCCUUUGCGUCUCAAGCUCUCCAAGGAUGGGCACAACAUCGCAGUGGAGGCUCCCUAUAACGCGGGUCUCAUAGCGGCCUAUAAAUCGGUUGCUGGCCAUGAGUGGGAUCCCGGUCGAAGGCUUUGGCUGUUUCCCGAGCACAAUGUCCAAGAACUUAUGAGGGCUGUGACUGGCACUCCCGACCUUGUGCUCGACGUACAAGCAGUUCCUCCUCUCAAGCUACCUCAUCUUAAUUAUGGCUGGAAUCCGCCUUCGUGCUCGGGACACGGAUCUUCUCCGUUAUGUACUCCGACAAAGUCUCAGGAUAGCCGAAGUGGCAUGGCUGAAAACGCUGGUUCUCCUCUCAAAGAGCUAGUGGUACAGAUUUUCUUGAUAGAUGACAACCGUAUCGCGGCUCGAAGUCCCUAUAAUCAGAAUGUUAAGCAAGCUUGCCAGUCUGUUACUGGAAAGCUUUGGAAUAACGAAGAAAGAGUAUGGACUUACCCGAGAUCUAGCUUGAUUGAUCUGGUGCAUGCGCUGCGGAGUGUCUCGUGUCCACGGGUUAACGUCGAAGUUACGCCUCCGUUAAUUCUUCCUCCUGAUCAGAGCCUUGGUUCAGUUUUUCCUUGCAAUUGGAAUAGAGGUGAGAGCGAAGUUUACUCUUUUGCUGUCCCCGAGAAACUGCCGCCUACAUCUGAUAACUUAUCUAAGCAAUUUGUGAAGUUGUUUCUUCAUAGCACUGGCCUUAUUGCUGUCAAAUGCGAACCAUCUCAGAAACUGAUAUCGGUUUUGAAGUCCAUCUCAAAAGCAUUUUGGAACUACAGAGAACGGCUGUGGAUGUUUCCCCCUUGUUCUUUGUCCGAUGCAGAAAAAGCUUUUGCAGAAGUACCUUGUGAAAUAGAAGCUUUUGGACCAUUAGUGCGGCGUGCUUUAGAUUUUCAGCGAGAUGUUUCUGAUCUUAUUGGUUAUUAUAAGAACAUUCCUGGCCACCUAGAAUCAAGCCUUAUGCCCUUUCAGCAGGAGGGAGUGCAGUUCGCGUUGCACCAUGGCGGACGAGCUUUGAUUGCCGACGAAAUGGGGCUUGGGAAAAGUGUUCAGGCAAUAGCUGUAGUGUCUUGCUUGAGGGACUACUGGCCGGUUUUGGUGAUUGUUCCGUCGUCAUUGCGGAUACACUGGGCUACUAUGCUUAAAACGUGGCUGGAAAUUCGUUCUUGCGACAUAACGAUCGUUUUGAGUCAAGGGACCGGAUCAAGUCAGGGAUACACUAUCGCGCACUCUCAAGGGAAAAAAGUGCUGCAGCUGGGUGGAUUAUUUAAUAUCAUUUCGUAUGACAUGGUGUCAAAAUUGCCUGUGGAUAACAACUUCAAGGUUGUUAUUGCAGACGAGUCUCACUACAUAAAAAACGCUCAAGCCAAGCGUACCAACGCCUGUGUUCCUAUUAUCCAAAAAGCGAAGUAUGCAGUGCUUUUGACAGGCACUCCUGCUCUGUCUAGGCCAGUCGAGCUAUUUAAGCAGCUAGAGGCGCUUCAACCAAGUGUUUAUAGUGACUUUCACGAGUACGGGCAGCGAUACUGCAGCGGGAGUCAUUUUGGCAUAUAUCAAGGGGCAAGCAAUCGUGAAGAGCUUCAUGCGCUGCUCAAGAGUACCGUUAUGAUACGGAGGCUUAAGAAUGAUGUUCUUUCUGAACUUCCUGAAAAAUGUCGCGAGCAGGUUUUUCUGUCCUUGGACAUGAAAAGCACUAGACAACUUCGUGCUCUCAUUAACGAGCUGAAAAGUAUCCGGGAAAAAAUGCAAAAUUCGACGGAAAGCGAGACUGAGAAAUUGAAGAGGGAGGAGAAGGUUCUAAUCACUAAGAUAUAUGCGGAAUCAGCUGUUGUAAAGGUUCCUGCUGUUCAAGAUUACUUAUCCACGAUGCUCGAGACGAAUUGUAAGUUUCUUGUUUUUGCUCACCACCAUACUAUGGUGAACGGCAUCGACGAACACUUAAAGAAAAAAAAUGUGGAGUUUAUUAGGAUAGACGGAGACACAUCACCUGUGAUUCGUCAAAGUAUGGUGGACAAGUUUCAAAACAACGAGAAAGUGAGAGCGGCUGUGCUAAGCAUACGGGCCGCCGGCCUUGGUCUCACUUUAACUAGCGCCAGUACCGUCAUCUUUGCCGAGAUGUCUUGGACGCCUGGAGAUUUGAUUCAGGCGGAAGACCGUGCGCACCGUAUUGGUCAGAGGUCAUCUGUGAAUAUUUAUUACCUCCACGCCCCAGAUACUAUAGACGAUUUUAUCUGGGAAACAAUUCAUCGCAAACUUGGGAACCUUGGUCAGGUGCUAAAUGGUCGAGACGAAACGAUGCGCGUGGCUUCGCCUCUGCAGCACCGGCAGAGAACUAUAAACAACUACUUGCGACCAUGCUCGAGAAAUCUGUCCGAGCAAUAUGAGAAAGACAAGCCAGGAACUUCGGCAGCAAUGGAUUCAAGUGAUGUUUCGCGAAAAUUAUCGCUUGGAGAUGGCAAGCCAGUCGAAAGUUCGCCGUUCAAGCGUCCCAAGCUCUUGUAAAGUAGAUCUCAAAAUUAGACCCUUGUAAAGUUUAAACUUAGAUUGGCGGGAGAUAUUUUAAGGCGGAGCUUCCGAUGCGGCGGGAAUCCGAGUGCAUCGUGAGUCGACAGUUCUCUUCCCAGUGUUACAAUAUAUAUCUGUCUAUAUGCUGUUAAUAGGAAAACACUCCAAGAUGUAAA